GCGUGCCUCCGAGUCGGUCGGCGUCGCGAGCGCGCGCGAUAAGGUUACACCAUCGGCCUUAAACGUCAAGUUCAAGGACUCGCUCUCCUCCAACCCGGAGGACGUCGGCCAGCGAGGCGCUUUCGUCGGCCUCGGCAACACCGAGCCCGGCACGAGCGCGGACGUCUUCGGCCUCGAGCAGCGCGGCGCUGUCGGGGACGGCGACUUCAGGCCGAGCGACGGCGGCGGCUAUGUGGCGUACAAGAAGGCGGACUACGCGCACGCCCGCUCGGACACCGACGUGCAGAUGUACCUGUUCGAAACCUUCGGCGGGUGGUGCAACGCGGUCAAGCGGCUGUUCUACCAGAUGAAGGACAAACAAGGCCCAGCGCAUGUCAGUCGCGCUGCAGCUCGCGGCGGCGGAAGAGAUUGCGACCGAGCUCACAGGCUCGCCGCGGCGUCGGAGGACGCCGCCGUCGCCUAG